AUGAUAGGUCGAAAUGAGCUGAUCGCCCGUCACAUCCAAAAGCGGACUGGCAAGGUGCGGACCCGCAAACAAGUAUCCAGUCACAUCCAAGUGCUUGCGCGUCGCAAAUCCAAGGAACUUCAAGCCAAGAUCCAGGACCCAGACGCCAAGAAGGAGGCGAUUGAUCAGCUUUCUAAAAUGUCUUCUGCUGAAAUUGUCUCGCAGGAAAUGCUCACUACUAAGGCGGCACAAGCAGGCCUAAAAAUGGACACUGUUCUUGCUUGCGGCGAACGCUUGCAUCCUGGCUACCAGCAUUCACACUCCCAUCCAUCCCUUGCCCUAACAAAUGGCGGAUGUCCAGCCGUCUUGGGUACUGGCAGUCAACGGCCGACUGCAAAUCCGCGCAAGUCGACAUUCCUCGAUGAGAAGCAAGAUGAAUCGCCAAAGAGGAAGAUUAUGCGGAUAUCCGGUAAGCCUCAUUUGUGCGUCAUCGCCGCGUAA